ACUUCCGGAAGUGAGGCGCCUCCCUUCUCCUCGGCUCUCGCCGGGGGAGGGUCUCACGGACCCCCCCGGGGGAAAGUGGCCCGGAGGUCUGGUCCUGACAGCGGUGCACUGACCAAGUCUCUAACUCCUCCCUUGGGAGCCUGAGUGCCAGCAGCUUGGACCCCAGAGCCUGACCUGGAACCUGCACAAUUAAUCCAAACUGAAGCCAGUGUGUUUUAGAGGAACAGAAAUACCAUCGAUCUAUGGUGUGUAACUGAAGAGAGACGCCUGUCCAUGCUACCAGAGGGCUGCUGGGACUAACUGUCUUGGCAAGCUUGUGCCCAGCCACCCCUCCUGUGCUUCACAUACCUGUUAUCUUUGGUAAUCACCCAGGAUUGGCUUACAGAAGAAAUGAGAUGUGGUCAAAGGGACCAUAUAAUUAUAAGGGACUUCCAAGUGAAGACCUAAAUUCUCAGAGUCCUGCCAGUGAUGAGUCUGGCCAUGGAAAGAGGAGAGGUGAUCAUUCUGCAAGCCAGCAGCAUGAGUACAAGCAUACAAGAGAGAACUUCAGAAGAAAAUGCCACAGCUCUUCCCAUUAUUUAAGAGAACGGUCUCCCUAUAAGAGGGAUGCUUACCUUUUCAGAACAUCAAGCGUAGCUGGAAAGGACUUUCCACACAGCCAGUCUGGCUCCAGUAGAAGACAGUAUCCAAAACAAAGCAAGCCAUGCUCUUCCCAUCGGUCUAAGAGUAGAGAGCCUGAACAUGUUCAUGCCUCUUGCAAAUGGCAGAAUGAAGGAAAGCUGGAAAGUGGUAGAGAGAGACCUGUCCAGUCUUCAAAACCAUCCAGAGACACAUCAUCCUCACGUUGUCGCACCCUUCCUUUAUCAAAGGCAUUAGAUAAGCCCAGCAGGACAACUGAAAAGGAAUUUACUGAAGUCACAAACAAGUGGGAUGCUGAAAAGUUGGAGGCAUCCCAUGAAGGUAACUGGCCUGAAAUUUCUGAAUUUGAGAUAAAAUUUACAGGGCCUCCAUUCAUUGACCAGCCAGAAGAACCUGAAUCGAAGAGAACAGACAGCACAAGAUCACCUGAACAUGGUCAGCUGACCGAUCGCUUGAAAUCUAUAGCAUCAAAAACCAGAGAGAUUGAACAGGCUUUCCAACGAGACUGUGAAACUUUUGGAAUGGUAGUGCAAAUGCUGAUUGAAAAACAGCCUUCUUUAGAAAAGACCAUUCAGCUUGCACUUAGGCAGAAUUUACGUGAAUUAAGUGAGCAGUGUGUGCAGGAACUCAGACAUUUCAUUGAAGAGUAUGACGCUUCCACUCGAGAUGGAGGAGAGCCUUAAAGGAUUGGUGCUAGUGCAAAAAUAUAUACUUCUGGAUUGCUUUUCCAGGGUUGUGUAAAUCCUUCAUGUGUGAAAGUUUUUGUGAUGAAGAAAAAUACUUCAUGUCAGGCAACCAUAUUCCCAAUAUCAAGUAAACAUCUAAAGUGGUCUGCUUAAAGUAGUUAAUUAGAAUGUUUAUCUGCAUGUAGAACCUCUUAGUCUCUCCUUACCCCCUCUAAAAAUAAGUGGUCGAUUUCUUCAUCAUUGGGCUGCUGGAGAGCAGUGCCUGCACUUACUUCUGUCAUAUUCCAUGGUCCCUGGUCAUUUGGUCAUCAGUGUAAUUUAUAGCAAGAGAUCACUCCACAUAAGCAUUUAGUAGAGCUUUUGUUUUGUUUUGUUGUUUUGUUUUUGUUUUUGCAUUUCAUAGUAAAUGAUACCAUGUGAACAUG